AUGCAAGCUUGGAAGUCUAAGCAGCAUCACAUAGAAUUGGCUGUUUCAGAUGACAGAUAUGAUUUCCUAUCAGAGACACAGAGUAUAGCAUUGGAGGUUCCAGGUACUGGUAAUUUCCAGGAGAACCAGGAGAGCAAUACCAGAGGGCAGGUGAAGAUGGAUGUCUCGGCUCAAGUAAAAAGAGCAAAUUCACCUUUCCUCUACCUUUUUGUUCUACUCAGGCCCUCAUCAAAUUGGAUUAUGCCCACCUGCAUUGGGCAGGACACCAUAGCAGAUGAGUUAAUGGAAGAUGACUUGAUGGACGUGAAUUCUUCCAAGCCAGUGCCAGAUGAUGAGGAAGAAGAUGUAGAAGCAGUGCCAGAAAACAAACUAACAUCAUACAGUCUGGCAGAAGGAUUCUGA